AUGUCGCUAUACUCAUAUAACUCGAUGUCGUCAUCAUCAUUCGGGAAUGAUACCGACGACUUGUCAUUUAACAACCCGCUAUACUCCGACCAAACAACCAUAUUCAGGGAUGGAGACUUGUUCAAGGAACAACUUGAUCUCCGCAGCCCUCACUUCGGAAACGAAAUCCAGUUCGAAGAACAAGAGGACUUGAACAACUACAGGAUAAUCAGCAAAAUAGGUGAAGGCGCCUUCUCCAGAGUCUUCAAGGCCGUCCCAUUGCAUAACAACUUAGCGCUUCCGAAGUUUGUCGCUAUUAAAGUGGUGCCAAAGGAAGACUUCCACGACCACAACUUGAAGAAAACCAGCAAAUUACAAACCUUGAAUGAAUUGAACAUCCAUUUGAAAUUAACAAAGGCUAAUGUGCCCAAUGUAGUCAAGUUAUUGGAGUUCCAGGUGUCAAAGAAGUACUACUACUUCAUUCAAGAGUACAUAGAAGGCGGUGAAAUCUUCAACCAAAUUGUCAAAUAUACGUACUUUAGUGAAGACCUAACGAGACAUGUCAUCAGACAAGUUGCCACAGCGGUUAAAGGUCUACACGAAAACAACAUUAUUCAUAGGGAUAUCAAACCAGAGAACUUGAUCUUCGAACCAAUAAUAAAAGAACAAACCAUCCACAGAUACCAAAAACUAAGAAAAUCUGACGACCCAAAGACAAAAUUGGAUGAAGGUAAAUUCAUACCAGGAAUUGGUGGUGGUGGAAUUGGUAAAGUCAGGUUAGUUGAUUUUGGACUAUCAAGAUUAAUGGAUCCUGCCGAAAGUGGGGCAAGGACACCAUGCGGAACAUUUGGAUAUCUGGCCCCAGAAGUACUAAACCAAUAUAAGGUUGAUCCACGUACAUCAAAUACUAGUUAUUCUUACAAGGUUGACAUAUGGGCAAUUGGUUGCAUUUUAUACACAAUGCUUUGUGGAUUCCCCCCAUUUUACGAGGAUGAAUUCAGUAAAGAAUCUCUAGGUGACAAGAUCUCAAGAGGUAAUUACAAAUUUCUUGCUCCAUGGUGGGAUGAAAUUAGUAUCGAAGCUCAAGAUUUGAUUAGAAAUCUGCUUCAAGUAGACCCUGCUAAAAGAUAUGACAUUGAUCAAUUGCUUGCUCAUCCAUGGCUAAAUCAUUACGACUGUGAAACUUCGCGUCCAGAGUCAUUCUAUGAAGCAGAGUUACUGGACAAGACUCACCUAAACUAUGUCCUUACUUCUCAAGCUGACAGAAAGACAAAUGCACACCAAGACAAAGACAUCCUACUGUUUGAUCUCGAUGAUGUGAGCGACUAUAGCACACAAUCAUCCCCAUUCGAUUCCUCUAACGGUUUGAACCUACAUUCCACUCAAAAAGAACAAAUACGGAACUUUUUCAAUACAGCCACUGGAAUACAGCAGGAAAACUUUAAGGUAGAAACAGAAAAGGCUACAUGUAACAAGUCAAAUUUCUUUAAAAACCACUUUAAACUAAAAUUAAGCUCAGCUACAAUUAUCAAUAGAAGAAAGAAGAUGAAGCUGCAAACCGAUUAG